CGCAGAGAUACGGCUGAUAAGCAAGUAAUUAAUCGAGUAAGUCUGAAAAACCGUGAUUUAAAAGCAUGGAAAGAGCAUUUAACUUUAAACUGUUAGUGCCUCCUAGACACAGGCUAGGUCAGGUGUCAGCCGUAAAGCCUCAAGAUACUGGGCUGAAUGAAGAUAACAGUAGCUUAAUGGCACCAGUUACGAGUUUUAAUAAAUGUUUUGAAAAAGAAAUUACUUCAAACAGCAAGAUGGUGUUGCCUACAGUGUCCCCAAGACCAGAGACCACAAAGAUGAGUGCUGUGAUGCCAAUAGAUAAAGAAGAGCCAUCAUUGAGUUCUAGUCAGCUAUAUUCCAAACUUUUUGAAGAGGCUGAAAAAAUAAAAGCUUGGAAAUUGAAAAUGGACUAUGAUAUCUUACAAAAAGAUAGAAACCUUCAGGAAAAUAGAAGGACAAUUGAAAUACAACGCAAAGCCAUUCAAGAACUUCAGUUUGAAAAUGAGAGUCUCAGCAUGAAAUUAGAGGAACAAUUAAAUAAAAAUGAAGAUAUGAGGAAUAAAAAUAAUGCAACAAGAAAUUUAUGCAACAUUUUGAAGGACACUUUUGAAAGAUCUGUUGAGAAAAUGAGCCUGUUUGAAGGAGAAAGAGAAGAAACCCAUGGCCUCUUCUUGCAAAACCAUGAAACCAUUCAGAGGAUGAUUGCUGCCUUUGAAAGUCUCCGGCUGCAAGCAGAGUCUGACCAACUAGAAAUGUUAAAAGCUAAAGAGGGCCUUAAACAGUUUGAGGAGCUUAAAGUGAAAUUUGAGAGUGACUAUCACAUGAAAGAAGAGAAGGUUUCUCUGCUUGAAGAACAACUACGAGAAAAGGAAAGUCAGCAUACAGAAAUUUUACUCAAACUCCAUGAGACUCAGAAAAACUUCAGUCAACUGCAGAAUUCUGCAAACCAGCAGCUUCACAAUUGUAAAGAAGAACAAAAUGAACUGAAGGAAAAACUGGAAAGAGAAGAACAACUCAGGCAGGAGAGUGAGGAAAACCAAGUUUCGUUAGUUAACACACUUAAACAAACCAAAGAGAUGUAUGAAAAGAACCUCCUGGAGAGAGAUAUCAAGCUUAAAGGUAUAAGUAAUAGCAAAGAGCAACUGGCACUCCAAAUUAAAGAGAUGCAAUUGACAGCAGAUUCAUUACAAUCCUCUUUAAAAUCUGAGAAACAGAGGGCACAAGAACUUGAAUCAGAGCUUAGCUCAGUGUCUCAGGAUCUUCGUAACAGAAACAAAGAACUAGGAAUAAUAAAAGAAGUGAAAGUGGAGUGUGACAGCCAAAUACAAGCUCUAAAAUUGGAAAUGGAGACAAAGGAAAAUUCCCUUAAGUCUUUUGAUGAAAAGAUAAAAGAAGAUGAAGUAAAGAUUCUUCAGCUGACCUUGGAACGUGAGGGAAAAGAAGCAGAUAUUAAUGCAUUGAAGGAAAAAUUAGAGAUUGCUGCAUUUGAAAACAAAAAAAUGGUGGCUACCUUGGAAGAGGCCGUAAAUGAGCAAACACUGCUGAAGGAGCAUUGUCUUUUGAAAGAGGACAGAUUGCAAAGGAUUGAGGAGCAAUUAUCAGAAGCACUCAAGAAAGAGAGCGAAUCAACUAAUAAUUUUGAAAGACUGCAAAAUGAUAUCAGCCAAUUCAAGGAUAGGUAUGAUGAUCUACUGGAGAGAUUUAAUCAGCUUCUUCUUCAAAAGAACACUGAACAACAUGAGGACAGUGAUCCAAAGGGCGAGCAAAUGAAAGUAACUGUGGAAAAAAUGAAAAUUGAAGUAGAGAAACUUGAGGUGGAAAAACAACAAUUACAAAAGCAUUUGGAGGUACUAAAUGCAGAAAUUGAGACGCAACACCAAGAGAAUGAGAAUCUUCAGGAACUGUUAAAAGAAGCUAAUAAAAGCUCACAGAAUAGGCUGGCAAAGAAGGAAAGACAAGUCAAAGCACUGGAACUAAAGUUGUCGAAUCUUAAAACAAAGCAGGAGGCCAAAGCCAAGACUCAAGAUGAAAAUCUGAAAGAAAUAGCACAAUUAAAAGAGGAAUCGCAAAAGCUGAAACACUACCACCAGGAGGAAUAUAAGAGAAUAUGUUCUGAGAUGGAAAAAAAAUCAGCUUCUGAGGCUGAGCUAAUACUGGAGGUGCAGAAAUGGAAGCAAGGAUCACUGGAAGCAACAAAGAGUAAGGAAGACAUUGAAAUCAAAUUCCAACAAAAGAUAGCUGACAUGGUUGCUUUGAUGGAAAGGCAUAAGCAUGAAUAUGACAAAAUGGUGGAAGAGAAGGAUGCAGAACUGAAUGAGAAAAGAAUGCGAGAAGCUGAAGUUAAUGCUAAUAAAACUUCAUUGGAGCUGGAGCUAUCCUACCUGCAGGUUGAAAAUGUACAAUUAAAACAACAGCUUGAUGAAAUCAAAAUGGAAAAGGAAAAGCUGCAGCAGCAAGUAGAAGAAAUUACCAAGAUGCAAACAUCUCAGAAGGAUGUUUACAAAAAGAAAGAGGAGUGUCUAAAACAAGAAAUGACUGCCUUAAAGAAGCAAAUUGAAUCUCUUGAAAAAGACAAGGCUCAGAAGCUGUCCGAGACUUCCAACAGAAAAAGCUCUAAAACAACAGAUGUUGGUGCCAUCAAGAAAUCAACCCGUGUCUUUUCAAAGAACACAGGAAUUGAAACUCCAUUAAGAAAAGACCCAGCAACACCUUUUAGAUUAGAUGACAGUCUUAAGACACCAUCUUGGACUUUGGGAACAAAAACUGGAACAACAUCUCGAAUAAGGUCUUUCAGAAUACGCACCCCACCUUCAACAGAGAAAUCAGCACCAUGGAAGCAAAACACCCUGGAGCUGGAUCCCAAGUCUGACAGCUCAGAGCAAAAUGAUGUACUGAAUAUGUCUACAGUCAUUAACAAUCAAACAAAAGAUUCUGGAACAGAGUGCCUGGGCUUAUUCAAGUUACAGAGAACUGCUGUUUAUAAGUCUCCAGGAGCAGCAAUAAAACUGGCAGCUAUGAAGAGGAUGCGGGAUGCAGGUUGGACUACCAUUACCAGUUCAGACAAGAAAAAGAAAAAAGUCACUGAAAAAAUAUUUGCUUAACCACUUACAUAUCAUCAAGCAUAAUCAGUUAGACCCUAGAAUUGUUAUUGAUUCACCUGUUCAUUUUAAUUUGAGAACAUAUAUAAUAUUUUUAAAUAUUUUUUAUUUAUAGAAAUAUAAUUAUAUUAAAUAUAUUUUCAUGGUAUGUUUUCCUUAAUUUGUUUGCUUAUGUGUGUUCAUUUGCAAAAGAUUUAAAAGUUACAAUUUUGAAAUAUUAUUCCUUGUUACUGUUCCACAAUGUUGUUUCACCUAUUAUUCUUUAAAUAACAUAAACAUUUUCAAGCAUGUUUUUAGUUUUACAAGAAUGUAACUAAGGCUGUUGGUUAGUUUUAUUAAAAGUUUAAAAGGUGGUAGCCUCUUGUAAAUGUUCUGUUGCUGGGUCCUCACUCAAAAAUCCGUCUGAAUUGUGUAAGUGUCUGUAAAUGUCUGGUCUUCAUUCAGUGCAGUUACUAUGGAUUUGUAGAUCUGAGUUCCAUCAGUUACAG